UUGCUUUUUGAGAAGGUUAAUCUCAACAUUUGUAGGAUAAUAAUCUAUUUCUGCUUAAAAUUUUUAAAGAAACUUUUAGAUGCUUCGGUAACUUAUGGUCCAGUACUUACAAAAUUAAGUCGAUGCGGGUGGCGUGUACAGUUAUUUCACCCCGAAAAAGCUUCUAAAGAUUUUACAGAUUACGGUGAUGCUAACUGUACGAUUGAACGUGUGCUUGGUACACCAAUCGACGAUUACACUAGUGUUACAUAUUUUCCGAAUACAGUAUACUUCCUUGUAAAUCAUAUUGUAAACGGUGAAACACUUGGAUUUCUGAGUAAUAUUACUGAGCAGUAUGAAUCAAAUUUGGUAUAUUUCAACGAGAAGGUUGGUGAAGCGGUCGUUGAAUUAAAAGCGUUUGACAUGGAAAGGUUAGGCUAA